GUUUUCACAUUUUUUAUCCCGCAGACAUGCCGGCCGUAAUAAUCAUUGUGAAAUUUGAUUUAACGUAGUUAAAUUUGUUCGCGGAAGAAAAAUUACCCCGCGUCAAGAUGGACGGCGUCAAUGAUUCGAACGUUUCCGAAGAAGCGGAAGCGAAUCCUCGACUCUCUGUACGGUCCGAUUUCAAGGAAAUUGAUAACACUAGCGAAGUGUGUAUAACUAAUGAUGUCGUAGCGAAGACUGAGGAAGCUUUGAGAGCAAACGAACGCGUGAAGCGAUCGGAAGAGGUUGAAAAGUUUGAUGAAAGUGGUGAACAAGUGCCGUUGAUAAUAAUCGUCGACUCGCCCAUCGCAAAUUCGGACUCUAAGGAACCGUUCUGCAAAGAGAAAUUAAUUCCGCAAAACGGUACAAUAUCAGCCCCGCCGGAGGGAAAUUUUCAAAACGGAAUAUCGGAGGAGGGAAAAGCGAAGAAGAAAAAUAUGGCCUACGACGACGUGAUUUUGCACAUGGGUGAAUUUGGACGAUACCAAAAGAGGAUAUACCUGCUUUUGUGCCUGCCAGCGAUAUCCUGUGCCUUUCAUAAAAUGAGCGGUGUUUUUCUUGGCGCGAAGACUGACUUCCGGUGUCUGAGACCUAACGAAUAUCCGGAAAACGCGACCCUAGACUUACCCGACAAUAUUAUGAAUAUGACCUACCCGUGGGACAACAAAACCAAGACCUUUUCACAGUGCGAAAGAUACGACAUAGAUUUUUCAGAAGAUUACUAUCAGUCCGGUGCGAAUGUUACCUUCAAUGCCUCAGUUGUCGAGUGCGACUCCUUUGUUUACAAUAAAACAGUGUACGCACUCACGACCACGACUCAGUGGAACCUGGUCUGCAAAAAGGCAUGGCUUAGAGCAACGGGUGACUCGUUAUUCAUGGUGGGAGUUAUGGUGGGUUCAAUGAUAUUCGGUGCACUCUCCGACAGCUACGGUCGAAGACCAAUAUUCUUCUUGUCUCUGGUGAUACAAUUAGUCGGUGGCAUAAUUGUCGCCCUGUGCCCCGAGUACAUUUCGUAUGUAAUCUUCAGAUUGAUUCUGGGUUCGACAACCAGCGGGGUGUUUCUGGUGGCUUAUGUUAUCGCGCUCGAAAUGGUCGGACCAAAGAAACGAUUGGUAGCCGGCGUUGGUUGCCAACUCUUUUUCACCACUGGGUACAUCCUCGUUGCCGGUUUUGCCUACCACAUUACCGAUUGGAGAUAUCUGCAGAUCGCCAUCACCAUCCCGAGUCUGGCAUUCCUCGUCUAUUGGUGGUUUAUUCCCGAAUCCGCCCGAUGGCUGCUGACCAAAGGACGCGUGGAGGAGGCGAAGGACUUACUCCAGAAGGCAUCCGCGGAGAACGGUGUAGACCUACCAAAAGACACUUUGGAUAAUUUGCUGACGAGCGACAGCGACAGCAAGCCAGAUAUGAACGAGCCGACGUUGCUCGACCUCUUCAGAUAUCCGAAUUUGCGGAACAAAAGCCUGUUGCUUUUCUUCAACUGGUUUGUAAACAGUGGUACGUAUUACGGACUGUCUUGGAACACUUCCAAUCUCGGAGGUAACGAUUACGUGAAUUUUUUAAUUGGUGGCCUCGUUGAAGUACCAGCUUACACAUUCCUACUUUUCACGUUAAACAGAUGGGGAAGAAAGAUUAUUUUAUGCGGUUGUAUGUUACUCGCCGGGACGUCGUUGCUCCUGACAUUAAUUGUUCCAGCGAAUAUGCCGUGGAUGGUCACGCUUUUCGCGAUGCUGGGAAAAUUGGCAAUCACAUCCUCUUACGGUGCCGUUUACGUAUUUACUGCCGAACAGUUUCCCACUGUGAUUAGAAACGUCGGUCUUGGAGCUUGUUCGACCUUUGCCCGGAUAGGGGGAGUCAUAGCGCCGUACAUCAACCACUUGUCGGAAAUUUGGACACCUUUACCGAUGGUUAUUUUUGGCGUCUGCGCACUGAUUGGCGGAAUAAUGUCACUGCUUCUCCCGGAAACGCUGAACAAAAAGUUACCAGAAUCGAUACAGGACGGUGAACAAUUCGGAAAGAAGAUACGCGGUGAUGACGAGGAAGACGUGAAACAGAUGACUGAUAUUGAAAUAAUGAAACCGUUGAAGACCCAAGGAAACGGAGUGUAUAACGAGAAACAAAACGGAUGAUAUUGCAAACGGUGAAGUUGUGCGCAGCAGAAUCGAUACGAUGUAUAAAUGGACAUCAGUUUCCAUCCACCGAUGUCAACGACAACGUUAAACUAAUUCUACGAUCAAUAAUGCCGCCUGCAUAAUUUCGUGGAAUUAGUUACCGCCUCUUUGUGGUUUUCGCAAAGUGCGCCAACCGCGAGAGGCAUGAAACUUAUAUUUAUUAUAUCUAGUUAAUGAUUCCGGUGUACGGAACUCUAGCAGAUUUUGAUACUGUUUUUAAUGCCUAGUUUUUAUCGUCAUCUUUUUUUUUCCUUAUUACAAUCAGCGAGAAUCAGGGUCCAUUUUUGAGGUUCGCGUACAAAUAUCUUUCGUACGGUAUCUUAGAAUCGAUAUGCACGUGAAAUCGAUCUCACUCGUCGAAAAAUUAAAUAGCGGCUGAACUAUACGUGGUAAACGCUGGAAACAAUGGGUGAAAUUGAGAGGAAAAUACUCCCAUUGAUAUAUAAAUGAAACCAAUUGCAAUUACUUCGUGGACAAAUAUGACUGUGUCAAACCACGCAAAAAUGACAACGUAUGUUGAAAAUCUUCAAUUGUCAGCUACAUUAAUAAUUUUUCGCGAUUUCAACUCCAUGAGUUACAGGACUUUUCGAGCAUUCUCGACUUACAUUUAGACUUAUAUAAACAGCUAUGUAAUCUGAAUUGAGAAUUCCUGGACGAGUACCGCAUCUUUUCCUUUUUGGUUGCACCGCGACAUUCCUAUCAGUAUACAACCAAUUACGAUCAAUUGUGUGCCUAUAAGUUAAGUCUAUAAUUAUUAGGUCCAUUGAUGGGGAGGAGGAAAAGAAUACGAAAGAAGCUAACAAGGGAGCAAUUUUUUAUAAUCCUCUUUAUUGGAUAAUUAGAAAUACGUCUCGUACAUUCGCAUCGUGCUAAUUUUCUAUAAUUUCCUGACCGACACGUCUGAUCAGGAGUGAAAUCGAUGGUCGGUCUUGUAUUCUUUAACAAAAAUCUGAGCGAAACUUGACGAGUAAAAAAUUACGCCGCGUUAGGAAAUUAACUCCGCUUGAAGUGGUAUAAUUGGUUAAUAUCUGAAACAUGUUUUUGUCGUAUGCAAAAAUUUUGAAUUUACACAAACGAUAGAAUAACUAAAUAACGCGUCAAAUGGAUAGCCAAUAACCUAUCGCACAGGUAACUAUAAUAGUCCCUUAAUCCUCACAUAUGGUAUAUCGCCUAUUUAUAAUUUUUGUCGACACUUGUUACGAUAGCGAUUGACGCAACGUGACACUGGAAAAUAUACUUAAUUAUUGUGUAGGAGUUUUCGCUUCGGUGGAUGCUGUACUCAGACUUUUUCAUUCAAUUCAAUGUAUACAGGUGUCACCAAUAUGUUUCAAUAAAUUAAUUAGUACUGAAGUAA